GCCAAUUGUACCAUUUUGAGCCCAUAUCUUGUGCAUACUAUCAUGACGAAGGAAAUUGGCGAGGUGAAAAAUUGGGCUGCAGACAAAUGUUUGACCAAACAAGAUUGGCGAUCAUUUGAAAGGGUCUUACUUCCUUUAAACAUACAGAACAAGCAUUGGAUCUUGGCAGAAGUUGUGUUGCAAAAGAAGUUGGUUCGAGUAUAUGAUUCGUUGAAGAGCGGUAGAAGUGUUUUUCAUGUAAGGGAAUUAUGUGAUCGGCUGCCAUACCUCCAUAGCUUAUUUACGAUGUCCCCUCUAGAGAAGGAAGUGCAACCAUGGGUUGCUGACUUAGUUGAGGGUGUUCCCCAACAGGGGCCAGGCUCAGGAGAAUGUGGAGUCAUGGUUGCAUCAUAUGCAGAACACCUUUUAUUGGGAAAGCCCUUGGUUCCAGGUUGUGAGUAUUCCAACAUGUGGAAUAAGCGAUGUCAAUAUGCUGUACGUUUGUGGGGAGUGAAGAAUGUGGACAAAUCAUAGGAAUUCUGGAAUGCCUAUUUAAUGUGGG